AUGGCCGGUGAGUGGGCAGAGUUGUCAAAGUCGGGUCUUCCGGAGGCGGUGCGCGAGAAGGUCAUCGCGCAAGGUUAUGAUUCGUCGGGUGUUUUUGCCAAUGCUUUUGUUGAUACGAGUGCACUGGAGGGCUGGUUGAAGAGGGUGCAACCUAGUCUUGGAGAUGCAGUCAAGAACUUGUCGGCGGAAGAAUGGUCCACGCAUCCGAUUGCGGCGAAGUUGCGUCUGCUUCGGAAGCAGUGCCAGCCGGCUGGCCCUUCGGUGCCAGACACGGGUGGCGUUCAAGCCCAGCAGUCCUUGCGCGGACUGGUGGGCCUGGGCGGCAUCGCAAGCAGUGCUACGAAGCUGACAACGACCGACCGCGAGCGCAUGCGAAAAGAGACCGAGAAAAGGUAUCCAGCGCAUGUGUUUUCGCCGGCGACGUUACCGGCCAUGUCCUAUUUGCAAGUGGUGUCUGUUCAGUGCACGGGGAAACAUUGGGAGUGGGUACCAUGGAAUCGUAUUGUCAACGAAGAGGCCAGCCAGGAGAUUCGUGCGAAGCGCGCCGAGGCCGAGGAGGCGGAUCUGGCGGCUCUGACGGAGGUCUUCAAUCUAUGCUUUGACGGCGCAUCGCUGGACGACGCGCUCAAUCAUGUGGUUGUGGAACGUGAUCUGCUGCGCCAUUUGUUAAUGCCGCAGCCCAAGACACAGAAGCAGCCUAAUGUCUCGAAGAAGCGAAACGUUGAGGGCGUUCCCCAUGUCCCGCCUCCGCUGCUACCAUUGCGGGACAACAAGCGUGGAUCCGGGGACACUGCCGCGCAGGCAAAGAAGCCCCGCACUGGGGAGUGCCACACAUGGAUGGACGGCUUCAAGUGUAAGGACCGGUUG